CCUCUGUCCUCUGUCCUCUGUCCCAGGUUCUGGGGAAGGACCACCCAGACGUGGCCAAGCAGCUGAACAACCUGGCUCUGCUGUGUCAGAACCAGGGCAAAUAUGAGGAGGUGGAGUAUUACUACAUGAGAGCACUGGAGAUCUACCAGACCAAGCUGGGCCCAGACGACCCCAACGUGGCCAAGACCAAGAAUAACCUGGCGUCGUGUUACCUGAAGCAGAGCAAGUUCAAGCAGGCCGAGACUCUGUAUAAAGAAAUCCUCACCCGCGCUCACGAGAGGGAGUUCGGCUCAGUCGACGACGUGAACAAACCAAUCUGGAUGCACGCUGAGGAGAGAGAGGAGCAGAGCAAGGGGAAGCAGAAGGACGGCUCACCGUUUGGAGAAUACGGCGGCUGGUACAAAGCCUGUAAAGUGGACAGCCCCACGGUGACGACCACCCUGAAGAACCUGGGCGCUCUCUACAAGCGGCAGGGGAAGUUCGAGGCGGCGGAGACUCUGGAGGAAGCUGCCAUGCGUUCCAGAAAACAGGGUCUGGACAACGCGCACAAGCAGCGCGUGGCCGAGGUCCUGAGCGAGCCCGAGAGCCGCGAGAAGCAGCGCAGCCGCGAGAGCCUGACCUCGGACACGGUCAAGUACGAGAGCGGCCCGGACGGUGGCGAGGAAGUGAGUAUGAGCGUCGAGUGGAACGGGGUAAGUACAGUACACAGCCCUGCACGUGUCACUGAGAGUCAACACACACACACACACACGCACACACGCGCGGCCUGUUUGUUUCUGAGCAGAAGCCACGUGAAGAGAAAGGUUUGGUUUAGCGGCUUCAACUCGUUCUUGUAACUCCCCCACACCAAAGUCCAUAGAGAAAAUCCUCGAUUUUACAUCAGUGGGCACAGGAGUUGUUGAUCCGCUGCUCCUUGCGUCAGGAAGUUGUAAUAAGUUGUAACGUUGUUCGACUGCGUCUUCUGUGUUUGAAAAACUCAGUUCAGGUUGACUUUAGUGACACAAAGUGACCACACGGG